AUGUCGCCCACUGUUCCAAUUAUCAAGAAUGAGGGAGCGCCCAACGUCCCAUAUUUCACUCCUGCUCAGAAUCCACCUGCUGGUUCCGCAAUUGAUCCUCAGCCAGAUGACAAGCCCAUCCCGACCCUGUUCAAGCCUCUCAAGAUCCGAGGUGUUGAGUUCCCCAACCGUAUAUGGGUCUCCCCAAUGUGCCAGUAUUCUGCGAGAGACGGUGUCGUACAGCCUUGGCAUCUUGCCCACCUUGGCGGAAUUUUCACUCGAGGCCCCGGUCUCACAGUCAUCGAAGCUUCGGCUGUUGUUCCCGAGGGCCGCAUCACUCCUGAGGAUGUCGGGAUCUGGAACGAGGAGCAGGAGAAGGCGUUGGCCAAAAUUGUCGAUUUUGCCCAUGCUCAGAACCAGAAGAUCGGUAUCCAGCUUGCACACGCCGGUCGCAAAGCCUCCACUGUUGCCCCAUGGGUUACCUCUGGCUUGAUAGCGACGAAGGAAGCUGGAGGAUGGCCCGACAAUCUCUGGGCCCCCUCCGCCAUCGCAUACGCUGAGACCCACCCCGUCCCAAAGGAACUGACGAAGGAGGCCAUCAGGGAUCUCGUCAAAGCGUACGUCAGUGCAGCUGAACGCUCGAUCCGCGCAGGCUUCGACGUCAUCGAGAUCCAUAAUGCUCACGGAUACUUGUUGCACUCGUUCCUGAGCCCGGUGAGCAACAAGCGGACGGACGAAUACGGUGGUAGUUUUGAGAACCGUAUUCGACUCACCCUGGAGGUUGUCGAUGCCGUACGUGCUGCAAUCCCCGCCGACACGCCCCUCUUCCUUCGCAUCUCUGCUACCGACUGGCUCGAGGAAUCCAUGCCAGAUGAGCCGUCCUGGCGCAUCGAAGACACAGUCCAGUUCACAGGCAUUCUUGCUGAACACGGUGUCGACGUCUUGGAUGUUUCCACUGGUGGUGUUCACCCCCAGCAGAAAAAGAAUACUUUUGGACUUUAUCAAGCUCACUUUUCGGCCGCUGCCAAGAAGGUGUACGGAGGAAAGAUCCUUGUCUCAGCCGUCGGCUCGAUUAGUAAUGGGAAGAUCGCGCAAGAAUGUCUUGACAAGGGCGAAGCAGAUAUUAUUUUCGUCGGACGGACGUUCCAGAAAAAUCCUGGUACCGUCUGGAGCUUUGCUGACGAUCUAGGAGUCAAGGUUCGAUCUUCCAGACAGAUUGAAUGGGGCUUUGGGAUUGGAUCGGGCAGAGCGGCGAAGAAGAACUAG